CUGGGGCGGAGAAAGUCUCGCGAGAUUGGUCGGGUCCAAGAUGGCGGCUCCGCCGGAGGAGGAGAGUCUGGAGGCGCAGCUGAAUAAAGCCACAAACCCCUUAAACCGAGAGCUAGAAUGGGACUCGAUUAAAGCAUUCUGUGACCAGCUGAACAAGGAAUUGGAGGGACCCCAACUUGCCACAAGAUUUUUGGCACAUAAGAUCCAGUCCCCACAAGAAUGGGAAGCUAUUCAAGCCUUGACAGUUUUGGAGACAUGUAUGAAAAACUGUGGCAAAAGAUUUCAUAAUGAAGUAGGAAAGUUCAGAUUUUUGAAUGAACUAAUCAAAGUGGUGUCGCCCAAGUAUCUUGGAACACGAGCGCCUGAGAAAGUAAAAAAUAAAGUUCUAGAAUUGAUGUUCAGUUGGACAGUGGGUUUACCGGAUGAACAAAAGAUAACAGAAGCUUAUUCCAUGCUGAAAAAGCAAGGAAUUAUAAAACAAGAUCCCGUGUUACCUCAUGAAGAACCUCUUCCUCCACCCCCGCCACGUGCAAAGAAUGCUAUGUUUGAAGACGAGGAAAAAUCAAAGCUAUUGGCAAGACUGCUAAAGAGCAGCCACCCUGAGGAUCUCCGAGCUGCAAAUAAGCUAAUUAAGGAGAUGGUCCAAGAGGACCAGAAAAGAAUGGAGAAGAUUUCUAAAAGAGUGAAUGCAAUUGAAGAGGUGAACAAUAACGUUAAACUUCUAAGUGAGAUGCUGGAGAACUAUAGUAAAGAUGAAACCUCAGAGAGUAAUGAAGAAAUAAUGAAGGAGUUGUACCAGCGAUGUGAGAAAAUGAGACCUACACUAUUCCGAUUAGCAAGUGACACUGAGGAUAAUGAUGAGGCACUAGCUGAAAUCCUCCAAGCAAAUGACAAUUUAACACAGGUCAUUAACAUGUAUAAGAAGAUAGUGAAGGGUGAAGAAAUUAAUGGGGUGACUGAGCUGCCGAAUAUUAAAGCCAGCAGAUCUGCUCUGCUAGACCUGUGUGGGUUGGACACAGGUUCAAGUGCUCCUUCUUACCCUGCUGCCCCUGCCAAUCAAAGUUGGAAUGCUGAACUAUCACAGGAUCUCAGCAGCUCUGUAUCAUUACUGGAUGAUGAAUUAAUGUCAUUAGGACUGAACGACCUAGUACCUAAUACAAUAUCUUCAUCGCAGGCUCUUGAGUCCAGCAGUUGGAAUACAUUUCAGUCCUCCGAGCCUGAUGAGUUGAGUGGUCCUGUAACGUCUCUAGAAGCCAGCACAAUGUCUUCUGAGUUGCUGAAGCCAGCUGGUGUGACUGCCAGCCACCAAAACCCCACCCCUACCCGUGUGCCUGCCAGCGCUGGAAGUAAAGCCUUAGAUGACUUGGAUAUGUUGGGGAAAACACUCCUUCAGCAGUCUUUGCCUCCAGAAUCUCAACAGGUUAAAUGGUCUGCUCCACAACAAAGACAAACUCUUCGAGAUCUCCAGAACAAAGCAGGCGCUAACUCAGCAACUGCCUUGGGCACAACGCCACUCUUACCUGCUUCAACCAAGAGCAUCUCACCGAUCUUAACAAAACCGAUCCCUCCUACAGGCCUUAUCCCUCAACCUGACCAGCCACUGGCAUUUGCAUAUGGUUCUUCAAUUUCUCCAGCUUCUGCUGGUGCGUCAAGCAUAGGACAACCUGGGGCUCAGCCCAGUGCACAAGGAGGACUCAAAUCCUCAUCACUGUCUCAGCAGGAAAUCUCACUAACUAAUGUUUUGGUACCUCUAGAAUCAAUUAAACCAAGUAGCAUCUUGCCAGUCACGGUGUAUGAUAAAAAUAGUUUUCGAGUUCUUUUUCACUUUGCAAAGGAUCCUCCUCCUGGUCAGCCAGAUGUUUUAGUGGUAGUUACUUCUAUGAUAAGUACAGCACCACAAACUGUGAAAAAUAUAAGAUUCCAAGCUGCUGUUCCUAAGGUCAUGAAGGUCAAACUACAGCCUCCCUCUGGCACCGAGCUGCCAGCAUUUAAUCCUAUAGUUCCGCCUUCAGCAAUUACACAGGUUCUACUGCUAGCAAACCCACAAAAGGAGAAAGUCCGUUUACGAUACAAGCUCACGUUUACAUUGGGCGACCAAACCUUCAAUGAAAUGGGAGACGUGGAUCAGUUCCCACCUCCAGAGUCCUGGGGGAGUCUCUAACAUGGACACAGACACUACACAGCACCGCUGCUCUGUUGUUAGGAGACCACCAACAUUUUACUAUUAGAGUGAACAAAAGGGGCAACAGUAAUUUAAAACCAAUUCCUGAAGCAGGAAAUUUCUGAUUUCUAAGGCAGAUCUUUACCAAACAACAAACUGGUCUGGAGCAAGACCUCUUCUGCUACUGAGCAGGAGGUUAUUAUUUCCUGUCAUUAACUAGUUAUGUCAAAAUAGUCCCUUCUCAGUGUGCAAUGGUGUUACACCUGAUGUCAUGAGGACUCCAUAAUUUUAUUCAGUAUAUGAUAAAAUUGUUAAAAAGUUUUAUUCUGACGUUUCAAAGUCUACUUUUUCCUGCGGUAUUUUCUAGCUCUGCCUCUGUGGGCCACUCUCUUCCAGUCUGCAAGCUGAAUGGCUCAGUUUAAGGCUAGAACACAGCUGAGGCGUUCAAACCAAGAGGCAGAAAUUUCCACUGGUGCGUAACCUUUUGGUUCCAACUGGAAAGAACAUCCCUGAUAUUGAGUCAAGUCAGGGUCUGGGCUUGUGCUUCACUAUCAAAAACCCUUUUGGUUUGCUGAAGAAGUUUGGCCAUUUGGACAAAGAACGUUGGGAAAAUCCUGGGUGGUGGAGCUCAUCACGUCCCUUUUGUUAAAUUAUUUAAUUUUUAAGAUCUUGACCAAUAAGGUGAAAUAAUGCAGAAUUAAGAUUAUGCCUCUUGAAGUAGUUUGCAUUAUUUUUGUUUAAAAAAACUCAUUCAUUUGUUGCGAAUGGUCUGGAUAUAUGAGUAACCCUUAUGUACCCAGCAGAGAAACAACUCCUAAGUAGUUCAGGAGAAAUACUUGGAACACCAUAUCUCUAACAGCAUCUCUGUACAAUUUGAGUAUCCUUACCGGGAGUGCAACAUUGCAGGUUCAGCCACACAAUAUCCAAGCAUUUGGUUGGAACUCUGAUUUUAGUUACCUGAAGGAGUUAGAUGUGUUCAUACCCAGACUAUGGAUACUCACUGUUUACGUUGAGAGUGUUCUGGACAUGUCAGCUCAGGCUCUCUUGGCUAUGCAAGUACAAAUGGCCCAGCCUCUGAAGAUUCAGUAGCAUUGAAAACCAGCAAACCGCUGUAACGUUAGCAUUGCCUAUUCUGGUCUGUUAUGUACAUGGAACCAAUUCAUGAUGACAAGCAUUUGGGGUGACUGCACAUCAGUUCCAACUUCUUUCCUUAUCCUCUUGCAGAACUUUUGACACAAUCAGGUGAAAAUAGUGAUACUGUGCACAUUUCAGGUGUGUGCCUUUGGAGUGAAACUUUUCCCCUCUGCUCUACCUUUCCAACAUAAAAGUGGCUCAGUAAAUAAUAUAAUCUUGGUCCUGAUUAAUUUGAACAAUACUAGCCUGAGAUAACAAACACUAAAUGCUUUCACUUUACAGGAUAUUGGAGUGAAUUCAUGAAGCAUUGGUAGAACAGAAUUAUGAACAGGGGUUGGAAUGGGUCCUGGCCAUGAGCCUGAAAACUCUGCUUUGAUCUAUGGACAGAUUAUCCUCAGUUGCUGUAUACGUACGAUAUGCUGCAUUCAAGCAUAGACCAUGAAUCUGAAAUAACUAUGUUACUUGGGUUGUCUUUUCAGUAACCUAAGGAUCCUUGAAACCCAAAAGUUGGAAUCCGUUUUUUUUUAUCAAACCUAUAAGCUCCCAUGGAGCAGGAGUUGACGAUGAAAAGUGAAAUACAGAUUCCAUCCUUCCUGUCUACAAAAUGGUGAUAAAUAGAAUAGGGAAUGGUUGAACCUUUAAAACCUGAUGCAAUGUUCAUUGACUGGUGUAUGCCAUGCCUUUUUAAUGUUCCUUAAAUUUUACUUAGUGCCAAUAUUCACUAUUUGAUUACUGAAUGGCCAAGUAAAACUUCCUCAUGUCAGUAAGCAUAAAAAUAUUGUUAUGCACAAGUUAAAGCUUUCCCUUCUCAGUGCUUUGAAUGCUAAUUAUAAUCAAUCAUUUCCCUUGCACUGUUUUGGAGACUGGAAUAAUGGUUAAUAUAAAAGUUGUAGCAUGUCCAGUUAUUAUCAUGCAGGUUUUUCAGGUACUAUUAACCAAAUUUUUUAAGUGCUGCUUGAUAAGAUUGACUUAUUGUAGGUUCUUAAUUCUAGUUUGCUUAAUUACAGUUAACUGAUGGCUCAGCUUUUUAUGAAAAGCAAUGUUUCCCCUGUACAUUUUAUGUGAUUUUAAUUCUUCACUGUCAGCUAAAGAUUAUCUAAUCAUUCACCUCAUGAAAAUUUGUGGAAUUUUAUUGACAGCCAUGUUUCUCCACAUUACAACAGUAAAACGACCUUGAAAAUGCCUUAGCCGUAGUCAGCAUAUUGGGGAUUAUCUGAGGUUGUGUUUCACAUUUGAUGAAUUAUUAAGUUAUUUUAACUUUUCUAGUGCAGGAAGGAAUGACACCACAGUUUUGAGUAAGCAGUAAUCAAAUAAAACGACAGGUAUUCUUCCUUUGCAUCAUCAGGAAUUACUGUCAUAAAGGUGAUUAUAUUUCAGCCCUUCCAUCACCAUUAGAUGAAACGAGCUCAGUCUUCAAAAGGCUGUGUUGUUUCCAGAAACCUGUUGCAUUUUCCUUGAUUCAUUUUAAACUCUUGAGAAAAAGAAUUUCCAGAGAUCCCUACAAAUGUUCAGUGGCUCUUUACACAGUUGAAGUUGGGUGCAGACUACACAGUCCCGGCACCCUAUGCACAAAGCUCAGACUAUCCAUAUGGCAAACCAGUGAUAGGUUAAGGAGAAAAGUAAAGUGUAGCAGAAGUUGGAGCUACACAGCAGCUUGGUCACCACCUGUGCAAGUAAAAGGACAAUGCUUCAUGUGCAAAAGUGAAAAAUAAAUAUUAAUAUCUGGAAGAUUGGGUGGUGGGGACAGUCUACAGUUUUAUCAAGAGUAGAUCAUCACACUGGAGUACUGACAAACGGUGUAUAAAUGCCCAAGGAAAUUGGUGACCUCCAAAAAUAGAGGUGUAACAAUGAGGAUAUGUGUGAAGCCUUGCAAUUCAAGGGCUGCAGAAUGUAUGAGAAACAUACCAUAUUAGUCUUUGAGUUUAAAUGCAGUCAUCAGCAAGGAUUCUGUUUAAUUUCCAAAACAAUUUGAUAGCUUAAUUCAGAAUCACACAGUUCAUUGCAUAUUUGAGAGUCUUGCAAGUGCUUUUUGUUGUUACAAAAGCAAACUUUGUGUGAUUGUGUAGUCUGUAAUAAUACUUAGCAAAGAUUAGAUUCUGUUUUUACAAUUACAUUUAUUCACAGUAGCAUGAGCACAGUUGCUUUGAUCAGAAGUGGGGGAGUUCACAGCAUAUGAUAGAGGCUUGUUCUUUCCUCAAAACAUCAAAGGAGACAAAAGUGGAAGCAAGAGCAAAACAAUAAGUUCUGGAAAAGAGUGAAUGUUGUAUUUAAACUUAAAAUAGUUCACUAGAACAUGAGGGGUAAUAACUUUUAUGAUACUGAACUCUUCCUUUCUGUAAUUGUACUGUUCUCAAAGUCAUCAAAUUGGCCCUGAGUAUGUUGUGAUCGGAUUCAGAAAGACCAUACAGCCGCAAGAUUGGAUUAUGUGAUGCUCCAUGCAGGGAGUAUCAGGGAAGUCAUGAUGUUGGUCUUUAUGACCAGAUAGUAAGUUACCUAAUAGCCCAACCCAAAAUAGCAAGUUGGCCCUCUGAUGCCACGAGCAGUGUGGCUCAUAUUUCCUGCAGUUUGUAUUUUCUCUUGGAGCCAAGUGAAACCUUCGUUCUGUUAACCUCACAUCUAAGUGGACUGUAUAAUUAGAACACAUUCUACAAGCUGGAAAAAUGGAGCUUGUGUUUGUGCUCACAACCAACGUUAUGAAAAGCAGUCACUGUUAAGUCAAUCACAAGCUGCAUACACAUGCAUAAGUAAUUGUGUUCUCAUGGGGGAAGUUAGUGUCCUUAAGUUGUUUGGAAAACAAUCUGCACCAGUGUGUCAUGCCCCAUAUAUGUUGCAGCACAAUAAGUUUCUGAAACAUCAGACCAACUCCCAUUUACUUACAGAGUCCUGACAACAGUGCAGUAAUGGCUGUGUGUUCCCACAAGAACCAUCUGCAAUUCAAUGAAAGCUCAAUGUAAUUUUUAUUUCAUGCUGGAACAUCAUCUUGGCAACCUGGCUAUCUGAAGCUAGCCAUUUGUUACCAUUGGCCUGUGGAGAAUUCCUGAAAAUUCCACCACCUGCAAUGUGUCUGGACUAGUUUGCAAUGAAUUUGGGGGAGCAUCAAACUCUUAAGUGUGAAUUUAUUUUGGGAUAUGUUGUCCAGAGGAUGGGAGUUUCCUCCAUAAUGAGUAGACUGAUAUGGGUGGCAACAAAUUUCAUUGUUAUGUUGACUUGUGCAAAACCCUUCAUGAGGCCCUGUAAAUUGGAUUGUGCCUGAAUCACAAUGAGCAGAGUAGGCCUAUGGCAAGUAGUUCAACCAUUAUUGUCCACAGGUAUUGGUACCAUUUGAACCCCAGAGAUGGAUAUAGGAAUGAGGGAAUAAACCCAUCCAUCCAUAAAUUUAGCCACCAGCACCCUACUGAGCAGCUGAGAAAUAUCAUGGUGUGAAUCCUAUUAGCUUCUGACCUGCACAUGCAGAGACCCCAUUGGCCAUUUAGGAAUUGCCUGCAAGGAACCCUAACAAAAGUGCCAAACUAUAUCUGUUGUUGGACCAGUUUGCAGACCAUUUGUUGUAUGUGAAUUGCCAGGCUUCAGUUCUCAUGAAGUAGCUGCAGCACCAGUUCUCACCAUGAGAUGACAUCUGGGCUAUAUUAUCCCAUUUUACCGCUGUUGCUGGAUGUUACCAUUGCCCAGCUGAUUCAAGGAUCCUUCUGACCACAGCCUUUCUCUGUUCAAAAUAUGAUGUGCACUAAGUUGGUUGUAUAUUAGGGUGUACUCAAGUAAUAUGCAAGGAAUUGUAACCAAAUGAACACUAGAUGAAAAAGUUCACAUUCAGUAACUUUUAACAAAAGACCAACAAAGUAACUCAACACUUUACCAUUGCGGAGAUUAAAUUUAAUCUGUCUCUAUGACACAUUAUGUUGUGCCUUGCAUAGUGGUGUUAACCUGAGACCCUAGGAACGCCACUCUCCAUUAUUUAAUCUUGUUGCAUUUCCCAGUUUUGUCUUCGGACCUCUUGUGAUGGAAAGAGAAGUUUUGACCCACAGAUGCUCUCAGAAUCUGUAAAGUUUAAGGCCAUGGAAUGCAUUGAAGAUAUGAAUUGAAUUUUAUCAAUGAUUGUCAACAACGAGAGAAUAACCUGUUUGGUAUGUAACCAAGUGAAACCUUUCCCCCCCCCCCCAAAAGGGAGAUGUACCCAAUGCAUUCAAAGUGCAGGACUUACCAGGUUGUGUCAGGUCUGCCUCAGAAAGUGGAAAUGUAUUUAGUCUGACUACAGAUGCGCUGAUUCCUUAUUCUAAUGUUGCACAGCUACUUGUUUCAAUAAAUCCCCUGCUUGGGGUCUGUAGAACUAACGUGUAUAUAUUUAUAUGGUCUUUCAGAAUUAUGUACAUUAGAGCAAAGAUGUAUUUAUGGGAAUUAAUGUUUUCUUUCCCAGGCUAGAGUCACGAUGUGCUCCAGGCCUGCCUUUCUUUGUGUAUAUUUUUCAAUAAAUUGCUCAAAGUCG